CCUACCUAUAACCUGUUUUUAUUGAUCGCGUUUCGAACCUUUAUAUUUAUAAUUCGCAAUAAUAAUGAGUACUACUUGUGCAUCGUGUGAUGAAGCGAUAACCGACGGCGUGAAGUGCCCAAAGUGUAAAGGAUUAUUUCAUUUUGGAUGCGCUGGUGUUCGUGAGGGUGUUCACAGGAAAUGGGAUGCCGAAAAGAAAAAGGCGUGGCGGUGCUCAAACUGUACCUGCGCCUCGUCCCCCUUACCCCAAGUCAACCAGGAAGUAUCGCUCAACACCAUACUUCAAGAGCUACGAGAAACUCGAAGUGACCUCAAGAGCGAAAUAUCGGAAGUGAAAAGUGAUGUGCGAGACGUCCAUGACAAGUUGGCAACCUUUGACGAGCGUUUGCAAAACCUAGAAUCGUUAAAAACAGAACACGAAGGCCUUAGCAAACAGGUACAAGAGAUGAUGUCUACUAUUUCGGAGCUUCGUUGCCAAAUUUCGCAGAAAGAUCAACAGGACCGAAUCAAUAACAUUGAAAUUUCCGGAAUUCCCUUCAAGAAAAAUGAAAAUUUAAAUAAUUUACUACACACCAUAUGUACAAAAGUAGGUUUCACAUUAACGUCUGGAGAUAUUGAUACCAUUCAUCGAGUACGUCGGUUCAAAGACAACAACCCUGGGCCCAGCGUAUUAUCAAGAAAUGAUGACGGCGCGGAUACAUCGCAACAUGUACCUCACACAAAUAUACCUAACAUCAUUGUGCGGUUUACACAACGCAGGCGAAAAAAUGAGCUGAUGUCGGCUGUACGGGCCCGGCGGGGCCUCACUACAGCUGAACUGGACUUCGACGGGCCUGCCAGGACUGUCUACAUUAGCGAGCAUCUGUCGCCAGGAAAUAAACUUCUACUCCGCAAAGUGAGAGCCAUUAGCAAGGAACACGGCUACAAACAUGUUUUCGUGAGGGAAUGUAAAAUCCUAGUUAUCAAAAAAGAUGACCAAAGGCCGGUUUUAAUUUCCAAAGAAAGUGAUCUUUCCAAACUUUCCAGGUGACUCUCACGUGUAUUAUUUACUGUUUUGGUUUCAUGUCUACAUAAUACUCUUAUUUAUUAUGUUUCGAUUUUUAUUAUUGUCAAGACGUUUUUGUUUUAUGGCAAUUUCAACCUUAUAUUACCUGUCCGCAAAGACGAUAAUCUGUAUGAGACAAUAGUUGUUUACCACAAGCGCUCGGAAGGAGCGAUAGAAGUAGUUCUUGUUGCUAUGUUAUAUAAAUUGUGCGUGCAUGUGCAUCUAUAUAAAUUAACCACUAUAUUUUCCUUGUACAGGCGCGUCAGCUGAUCUUAACUUAUCGAUUUACUACCAAAAUGUGAGGGGAUUGAGAACAAAAUCAAACGAGUUUUACAGUUUUUAGAAAGGACCGUGACGCAAUAGUGAGUGGACAUUCCCGUGGAGGUGGGGUAGCGGUGGCGGUCCGGGGCGCGAUGCGGCCCGAGCUGCGGCCUGAGCUAGCGGCGCCGCCGCCGGCCGACGAGCUGUGGGUGAGCAUACCUACCGGCCCGGGCCCGGCGCACGCGUCUGCCUCCGCGGCCCCUCCCUCUCAUUCAUCUCGCGGUACUUAUGUUCAUAUUAUUUGUACUUACAUUCCGCAUGGGCAGAACCAUGUCAAUUUAUUAACUAGCUUAUUAAAUAGAAUAUAUGAUGAGUGUGACAAGCAUCCGGCAGAUACUUUCCUAAUCGUAGGCGAUUUUAAUGUUACAAAUGCUUCAUGGUCUCGAGACGCAGCUUCCAUAGGUACAGAUAUUAUGACAAAUGACGAUUAUCCGGCGACGUUGAUUUCCGAUUUUAUGCAUUUAACACAACUUCAUCAACUUAACUUUGUGCAAAAUAAAAAUAAUCGAAUUCUUGACCUGAUUUUUAGUAACAAAAUAUGCGAGGUUACUUCGUGCUCUCGACCGCUUACGCCGGAGGAUGGU